UCAGCUGCAUAUAUUAAAAACAAUCAUAUUAUGGCAGACCUGAAAUCUGUUCUUUCCCUAGUGCUUUUGAGUAUCCUUAUAACUGUAUUGCUGCAAAGCCAAGUGAUUGAAUCUCAGGGUGAGCCACAGACAUGCUUGGCAUCACUUGGGAACCUGAACGUCUGCUCCCCAUUUGUAUUUCCGGGAACAUCGAAUACGACUUCUAGCACAGAGUGUUGUGCUGCCCUCCAAUCAUUAGAUCAUGAGUGCAUCUGCAACACUGUUCGUGUUGCUGCCCGCCUUCCUUCUCACUGCAACCUUUCUCCCGUCUCUUGUGCUCGUCAUCACUAACUAGUCAUUUUAGCAUAUUGAAUUUGUUCCAAAGAAGUGUUUGUUCCUUUUUUUCAAUUAGUGGAGUGUUAGUCUCAACAAAUAAUCAUAUGUUAGGAAAAUUAGG